GCAGUGGCAGUAUUCAUUUUGUUGUUUUGCUAUAAGUCAUAUAUUAAAUAUUUUUUUGAAGGGUAUGAUUCAUUGUUCCUUAUAUAAAAAGGAGCCACCAAGGAAUAGAAAGAUAUCUGCUCUGAAACAAAUGAGAAACUGGAAGGGCUGGAGGUGUUUCAAGAGCCUUACUAUCCACCCUUUUAAGAGUAUCUUUAGUAAAAUGAAUUCAAAUUUCAGAUUCAAAUCUCAAGGACACAGAAAUGGACUUGUUAGUCUUUAUAAAGACAUGGAGUCUUGUAGAGAAUAUGCAGAUAUUCAAGUGAUGUGGAAAAUGAUUGAAUCAUCAUCUCCUCAAAUUGCUUGCAAGAAGAAAAAGAUCAUUAAGUCUUCUUAUUGGAUGAUUUGUUUCAGGCCAACAUGAUUUUUUUUAUCUUCAGCAAAAUGGUCCUAGAUUUUCUUCAUGGACUAGUCCAAUUUUAAAGAAUGAUUCAUAGGAGUGUAGAGAAAAGGGAACUCAAAAUUUGUAUCUCAAUUCAUUCCUUCAUACCUCAAUUUCUAUCAUGUCAAUAGUUUUGUUACCAUAGGAAGUGAAAGUGAAUGAGCAGAGUACAAAUUUGAUUCUCCUUUAAA